CGCCGGAGGGCCAGACUGCCAUCCUCACAUCUGGACCUCCACCUGACAGGUAAACAUGAGGCUGUGGUGCCAUGCAGGCGCCGGAGGGCCAGACUGCCAUCCUCACAUCUGGACCUCCACCUGACAGGUAAACAUGAGGCUGCGGUGCCAUGCAGGCGCCGGAGGGCCGGACUGCCAUCCUCACAUCUGGACCUCCACCUGACAGGUAAACAUGAGGCUGGGGUGCCAUGCAGGCGCCGGAGGGCCGCACUGCCAUCCUCACAUCUGGACUUCCUCCUGGAAGAAAUCCAACAAUCCAACCCAGGUUUUCCAGUACCAACAGUUUUCCAGUCUUUGCUGAAGAAAACCAGUGAUGAGCUUCAGGAUCCAGCUUCUGCAGACGUCCGUCUGGAGGAAGAUCUCUGGACCAACAAGUAUUUUCCUCAACAUUCCAGUGAAGUGAUCGGUAACUCCGCCUCCGUCACCAAGCUGCACAGCUGGUUGCAGAAAUGGAAACUAAGAGCUGAAGGUGAGGAGCAGCGGAUGGAGGAAGGAAACGAUUUCUGGGACUGUGGCGCCUUCCAGGGCGACGGCGUAGGAAAGGAGCCGCUGGCUAAGGCUAUGCUGCUAACGGGACCCUCAGGGGUGGGAAAGACGGCUGCUGUCUAUGCCUGCGCUCAGCAGCUCGGCUUCAAGGUGUUUGAGGUGAACUGUUCCUCUCAGCGCAGCGGGCGCCAUGUUCUGGCUCAGCUGAAGGAGGCCACGCAGUCUCACCUGGUGGACAUCCCAGGAGACCAUCCGCUGAAGCCGGCGUACUUCAGCAACUUCAACACUGACCGCUCCGCCCCUAAACCAGAGGCCUCAGCAGGUAGGAGGCAUCGAGAAGCAGGUCCGACUAGAAAGCCAAAGAUGGAGGAAGCUGGAAGGCCGGCGGCGCCCAGCGGGAGGCCGGCGGCGCCCAGCGGGAGGCCGGCGGCGGCCAUGUCCCUCAUCCUGUUUGAGGAGGUGGAUGUGGUGUUUGAGGCUGACGUGGGUUUCCUGGCAGCCAUUAAGGCUUUCCUGACCACCACCAAACGGCCGGUCGUCCUGACAACCGCUGAUCGCUCAUUCAGACAGAGUUUCCAUGGUUACCUGGACAAAAUCGUUUUCAAGACGCCAUCAGCGCUGAACGUGUGCAGCUUCCUGCAGCUGGUGUGUCUGGCUGAAAACGUGCGACUGCCUUUAGAUGAAGCCAGCAGCCUGGUCAGAGUCUCAGGCGGAGACGUCAGACGCUGCCUGCUGCAGCUGCAGCUCUGGGUGAACGGCGGCAGAGGACGGACGCCUCAGCAUGGAGAUGUGGACCGCAGCUCGCCGGCAGACGGCGGCUCGCCUCCAGGCGGCGGCGGCGGCGGUUUGGACCCAGCGGUUCCUCCUCAGCUGGCAGGCUGCUCUGCACACAUGCUGGGGCUCCACCCUCUAACCCCGACUGUCCUGCUAAACUUCCUCCAGCUGGAGUCCUGCUCUGAAACGUUUCUCAGCAUCCUAUCAGAGAGCUGGAGGAGAAAUCAGCCUCUUCUCUAUUCCAACCUGGAGCUCCUGCUCUCCAUGGCGGCCCCCCCAUCCCGCCCCCAGGUGCAGAUGGAGCUGAGGCCCCCAGAAGCCGACCUCCACCUUAAUCACACCAUCAGGUCCAGUGAGUCACCGUCGUGCUUCAGACCCUCCAGACUCAGCCGACGGAGACGCGCCGCUUCAUCGCCAGCUGCCAAACCAGCUUCAGAUUCAACCUACAGACCUCAGAGAGCGCCGACGCUCGGCUGGACUCGCUCUGAAGCGCGGAGCUCAUGGGAGCGGCGUGCAGCCGAGGCGCUGAUGGGCGCUCUGGAGAGCCUGGCAGAUUUCUAUGACCUCAUGUCGAACAUUGAUGCGCUGCUCAGUCCGUCUGCAUCACAGCCGCCGGCCGCCGCCGCUUUCCUUUGGACGGGAGCGGCUUUAAAGGAUGGCAUGACGGAUGAGCCGCGGGAGGAGGAGGAGGGGGGGAGAAGGAAGCCGGAGGCGCUUCAGGAGAUCCAGGCUGCAGCUGAAGGUCUGGGGGGUCGGCGCUGCUGGCGGAGGCUCGCCGAGGCGUGGAGCGAAGCGCACGGCUGGAGAGCAAACCUGAGCGGCGAGCAGUGGGGCGGGCUGCAGGACAGGCUGUUGCUAAGCAACCGCCCUAAACAACGUAACUUGUGCUUUACAGCUCAGCCUCCAGGUGGAUCAAGCGUGUCCCAGAGGCUCGCCGUCGCUCGGUCGGCUCUCAGCCUGCUGGGGAACAGGCGCGCCGUCUGCAUCGACUACCUGCCGCUUGUCCGCCGCUCCGGGCGCCUCAGAGGGGAGCAGUGGAGGUCAGCCUGACGCCAAACUAACGGUUUCUACGUCUUUAAGCCGCCAGCAGGACGCCGCUUCAAUCUGACUCUCAUUCCUUUUCAUUCCAGUG